AUUCAUGGGGAAGAAGGGAAGGGCCAUUAUAGUGGGUGGGAGUGUUGCAGGUUUGUCAUGCGCUCACGCGCUCAUACAGGCCGGUUGUGACGUGGUGGUGCUGGAAAAGGUUCGCAGACCGUCCGGCAGUGCAACAGGUGCUGGUCUUGGCCUCGACCCUCAAUCCUGUCGAUUCCUCAGCCACUGGCUUGGUGACCCUAAUCUCCUUGUCCGCUCCACCCUCCCCCUUAAUAUAGACCAGAAUCAAGCAACAGACAGUCAUAAUAGAAUAACUAUGCCUAUUGCAAGAGAUGAAAAGUUCAAUUUUAGAGCUGUGUACUGGAAUGAUCUUCAUGGUCUUCUCUACAAUGCACUGCCCAGUGAAACAGUACUUUGGGGGCACCAAUUUCUGGCAUUCCAGCCAGCUCAUGACAAAAAUUCUGUUAAAAUACAAGCCAGGAUUGUUGAGUCAGGAAACACUGUGGAGAUUGUUGGAGAUUUACUUGUUGCUGCAGAUGGGAGCAUGUCCAUAAUCCGUCACCUUCUUCUACCUGAUUGUAAACUCAGGUAUUCAGGUUACUGUGCAUGGAGAGGUGUUUUGGAUUUUUCUGAAGCUGAAUUUUCCCAGACUAUGAAAGGAAUUCAGAAAGCAUAUCCUGAUCUCGGAAAUUGCUUAUACUUUGACAUCACAUUAGGAUCUCAUUGCGUACUCUAUGAACUGCAAAAUAAAAGGCUAAACUGGCUUUGGUAUAUUAAUCAACCAGAACCAGAACUGAAGGGAGGCUCAUUGACGAUGAGCAUAAGCAGUGAAAUGUUGAAGAAUAUGCAUGCAGAGGCAGAGAAGGUGUGGGUUCCUGAGUUGGCAGAAGUCAUGAAGGUCACUGCAGAUCCCUUCAUUAAUGUCAUAUAUGACUGUGAUCCUCUGCCAAAGUUGCAGUGGGAUAAUGUUGUCUUGGUAGGGGAUGCAGCGCACCCUACAUCACCCCACGGCCUAAGAAGCACUAAUAUGUCCAUUGUGGAUGCUGGCACUUUGGGGCAAUGCAUUGGGAAAUAUGGUAUAUCUAACUUGAGUACGGCACUGAAGGAGUAUGAAAAAUAUCGGCUUCCUGUGGUUUCUCAGCAAGUUUUGCACUCACGGAAGCUGGGGCGCUUGAAGCAGGGCUUAGAUUAUAAAGGUCAUGGGAGAAACUUACACUGGAAGGAUGCAAGUAGAGAAGAUUGCUUGGGAUUAUUGCAGAGGAACAUGCCGUUCUUUGCAGGAGCUCCAUCACCUGCUGAUUCGGAAGCACUCCCCCUCAUGAUGACAUAAAUUGAUGGUAGGUUGCAUGAGUACAAUCUAUUACUGUAUACUUAUCAGUCUGAGUUCUAUUGUUCUCCAGUAGGUGAAUAACUCAACUCUAUUGAAUCCUAUACUACAUGAGGAGAUGAGAUGCUCAGAAGCUACAGUCCAUGUGCAUUUAAUGCUACAUAAAUAGCGCAGAUACUCAAAAGCUGCAGUCCGCGUGUAUUACAUUGUACUUACAUAAAGAUCUGAGAUGCUCUGAAGCUACACCCAAUGUGUAUCAGAUAGCAUGUCUAGUCAUGAAAUUACUGUUUAUUCA